GGACUACAUGAGAGAGCGAGCGACACAGAGAGAGAGAGAGAGAGACAGAGAGACUUGCGCACUUGAACUGGAGCUGUGUGGGAAAAUAGCGCACAGGGGCAUAUGCGAGCGGCUCGAGCUUAACCUGAGACCUGGGCUCUCACCACUCGGGUCCAGCUGUGGAUGUCCAACAUAUUUUGUGUCUGGGUUUCGUUCAAACUUUUAUAAAGGGAAACAGCCCUGAAUCUUUAUCACAGUUAACUUAGAGUAAAAGGUUCAUUGAAAGUGCUCCAUUCAACAUGGAAUUACCGGUUCUGGUUUUGGUGGCGGUGAUCCUGUCUUUCGGUACCAGCACUAAACUGAAUGUGCCGCGUCUUCGCCUGUCAUACAAAGAUCUGUUGGCCACAAACCGUACCUCCAUUUUCAGUGGUUUCCAUGGGGAUCUGCACUUGUCGGCUGUGUUUUUGGAUGAAUAUCAUGACAGGCUUUUCCUGGGAGGGAAGGAUGUUCUCUACUCACUGAGACUGGAUCACACACAUGAUGCUAAAGAGAUCCAUUGGCCUUCGUUGCCUGGGAACCGUGAAGACUGUAUUCUCAAAGGGAAAGAUCCUGAAACGGAGUGUGCAAACUUUGUACGUUUACUGCAGCCAUUUAACCGCACUCAUCUGCUGGCCUGUGGAACUGGAGCUUUCCAACCCGUGUGUGCGUAUGUGAACGUCGGACACCGUGGAGAGCAUGUGUUCAGUUUGGACCAUACCAUGGUGCAGAAUGGGAGAGGGAAAUGUCCUCAUGACCCCAAACUACCCUUUGCAAGCACCUUCACAGGUGGAGAGCUGUACACGGGUCUGACUGCUGAUUUUUUGGGGAGAGACUCUGUGAUUUUGAGAGGUUUAGGGACUCGCUCGCCCAUGAGAACAGAGACAGAUCAGAGAAUUCUACACGAACCCAGGUUUGUUGCGGCCCACCUCAUUCCUGACAGUGCAGACAGAGAUGACGAUAAAAUUUAUUUUUUCUUCACUGAAAGAGCAACAGAGACCGCAGAGCGAGAUGAUGAAGGAGCCAUACACACACGCAUUGGACGAUUGUGUGCGAAUGAUGUGGGUGGGCAGAGGGUUUUGGUGAAUAAGUGGAGCACAUUUAUUAAAGCCCGACUGGUGUGUUCUGUUCCUGGACCUCACGGCAUCCAAACACACUUUCACCAGCUGGAGGAUGUGUUUCUGUUAAGGACCAAAGAUGAAACCAAUCCAGAGAUCUAUGCAAUAUUCAGCACAAUCAGUAAUGUGUUUCAGGGUUAUGCAGUGUGUGUCUAUAGUAUGGCUGAUAUCCGUGAGGCAUUUAAUGGGCCAUUUGCUCAUAAAGAAGGACCAGACUAUCAGUGGGGACCUUAUGAAGGACGAGUCCCUUAUCCACGACCAGGAGUUUGUCCCAGUAAAAUCACGGCCCAGCCUGGCCGUGCCUUCCGUAGCACACUGGAGUUUCCAGAUGCCGUUUUGCAAUUUGCACGAACGCACCCACUAAUGUGGCGCCCCAUUUACCCCUCACAACGGCAACCACUGCUGCUCCGCACCGGCGCCCCCUACAGGCUCACACACAUCACUGUUGAUCGCACACAGGCUGAGGACGGAUACUAUGAUGUCAUGUUCAUCGGCACUGAUAUUGGGACAGUGCUAAAGGUUAUCGUACUAGAAAAUGGUAACUCUCUCACCAGCGAGGAAAUCACACUGGAGGAAAUGCAGGUGUUCAAGGUACCCACUCCCAUAACCUCCAUGGACAUAUCUGUGAAGAGGCAAACUUUGUUCGUGGGUUCACAGACGGGUGUUGUCCAGGUGCCUCUGCACCGCUGCAGUAUGUACGGUAAAGCCUGUGCCGAGUGCUGCCUGGCUCGAGAUCCAUACUGCGCCUGGGACGGACACACCUGCACACGCUACCUGCCAAACACAAAACGGCGUUACCGGAGACAGGACAUCAAACAUGCAAACCCAGCACUGCAGUGCAUGGACCAAAACCUCAGCGUGGAGGAUCUGGAUCUGACUGAAGAACGGGUCGUUUAUGGCACUGAGAACAAUAGCACCUUCCUAGAGUGCAUCCCUCGAUCGCCACAGGCUACUGUCACAUGGCACAUUCAGAGAGAUGACUACUUAGAAGAGGUGGUAUUAGAUGAACGUAUCAUUAAGACAGAUGAUGGUUUGUUGUUCCGGCGUGUGCUCCGUCAGGACGAAGGCGUCUACGUGUGUCGAUCUCGGGAACACGGAUUUGCGCAAACCCUCUCACGCUUCUGGUUGGACGUCUUACAUGCCGACGCCCUUUCAGACCUCCUGUCACGUGACAGCAAAUAUAAAAUGUGGUCACCGUGCCCCGCCAGCACAGCCCCUGCCAACCGUGGCCCAGCAAGGGCGUGGUUCAAAGACGUCUUGCAGCUGAUUGGUCCUUCAAAUUUGCCACAGGUGGAGCAGUACUGUGAACGUGUUUGGUGUAAUGAGAAGUUGAGACGCAAACACAAAAGCAUGAUGGACAAAUAUCGGCAAGCGCAGGACUCCGCACGGAAAGCACGAAUCCAAAAGAGCACGGGAGAAUCCAGAAUCCGUUCUCCACGGGACCUCCACACACUAGAGUAAAAUACAGAUCCACGUGAAGCAAAUGGACUUCCAAUGGAAAAGUGGACUGGAUUUUUAGAUGCCCUUAUACACACAUAAACAUACUUACCUUUGGUGAUGUAAAAUAAUGUAGGUUUUGUGUCUAACAGUCUAAGCUCUCUCCAUGUUAAUUAGGACAUUCUUGAGCGUCCUCUCCAAAUAUUCCUGUGACCGUGACAGCCGGCCCUCAUCACUUCACACUAGACCGUGGCUAAUGUUAUACGUCUCACUUAAGAACUUAGCAGCUGCAAAACCUUUUUACUGGAACAAAUGAGGUUAGACAGGAUGAAACUAGUAGACUGGAGCGCUGCCACUGCUAUAACAGGUGCAAAAAAGCAUUCAUUCAUUUAAGAUUCGUUUGGCUGUGAUAUAACUGUGCAUAAUGCUUAGAGACUUUUCCUCAACUGAGAGCUAUGGCAGCGCUCAACAAAACUCAGCUUGCCAGUACGUUAAGCUGUAAAGAAAUAAAAGUUUGGACUAAUCACACUAUUUUUUGGUAACUAAAUCAUAGGUUGACGACCGUUGAGACUUCAACAGAACUGAUUUUGUUCUUGAAACACCACAUCACGAUCAUGAGCUUCAGAGCUUUGUACGGGGUUAGUUUUCUUUUCAUUCUUUGCAAUUUUGGUAACACUUUAUAAUAAGGUCUAAUUCUUUAGUUAAUGCAAUAGCUUGUAUGAAAUAUCAGUGAACAAUGAUUUUACAGCAUUUAUCAAUCCUGGUGUGUGUUUUUUGUAAUAUAUACUGACUUUUUUGACAUUGUACGAAUUAACAUUAAUUUAUUAUGAUUGAACAUGAAUUAAUAGUAUAUUAAUAAAUUAACAUUAACCUAGAUUAUAAAUGCUGUAAAUACUGUUGGUUGUUAGUUCAUGAUACUUAAUGCAUAAAUGUUACUCAGCUCUCUGGAACACUCGACUCUGAUUGGUCACUCACAGCAUUCAGUGGUCUGAUAUUUCUUAAUAUCUGUUGUUGUACAUGGCAAUGCUGUAACUGAAACUGGGAUUAUGAAUGACAACGCAGACUCUCUCUUUCUUGUUUCACAAGUUGUGUCCCAAAUGACUAUACACUGUGUACUUAUGUUAUGUAUUAAUCUUUCGUCAAGUGAAUGAAUUUUAGAAAGUUAUUUUGUCAUACAGCAUCUGUCAUCUGAACCCUAACCUACCCCUACUCUACUUUAAACCUGCGACUGUUGAGUGCAAGAAGUGUUCGACAUUUCAAACUUUGUUUUUUCGGUUAAUCACCAUCUGGGUGUUUGAAGUGAACUUUUUCUUUAUGGUAUUUUCAGUAUGAACACACUACUCAAGGUGUGUCCCAAUUCAGAGCUCUAAUUACGUAUGUAUUGGAGGCUCCAAUGCUGGAUGAGAAAACCAUAUAAAAUUCAUACACAAGACGGUUCUGUACCUAGUAUAAGUGCAUAGUGUAUACUACACAUUUUGGGACACAACUAUAGAAACACGACUUGUGUCAUCUUGCGUGUCAGUUAUCGAUUGUAGUGAAAAUGACCUCGGAGAACUUUAGUAUUAAUUACUGCAAGACUGUUGCCAUGUUUAUCUUUUUUAUGCCAGUUGUUUUGUACAGUACGUUGUAGUGGACUUUUUUAGUUUUAGCCAUGGCUUAAAGGGAUGGUUUACACAAAAAUGAAAAUUCUGUCAUUAAUUACUCACCCUCAUGUCGUUCCACACCCGUAAGACCUUCGUUCAUCUUCGGAAUGCAAAUUAAGAUAUUUUUGAUGAAAUCCGAGAACUCUCUGACUCCUCCAUAGACGGCAAUUUAACCACCAAUUUCAAAGUCCAGAAAGGUACUAAAGACAUCGUUAAAAUAGUAGAUGUGAUUGCAGUGAGCAGCACGACUUAUGCUUGUGAUGCUGACACAGGAGCCGGCCAAUAAUCAGAGGCGGAGUUCUGACAUAGAACCUGGAAGCACUGGACGUAAACAACGUAUGAGAAUGCCACAGAAGAGAAGAUAUUGUUGAAUAAAAUUUUUAUUUUUGUUUCAUUUUUGCGCACAAAAAAUAUUUUCGUCACUUCAUAAAACCACUGUAGUCACAUGGAAGAUAAACGAAGGUUGUGGAACGACAUGAGGGUGAGUAAUUAAUAACAGAAAUUUUAUUUUUGGGUGAACUAACCCUUUAAAGAUGCUAUUCUGUUAAGACUCUAAAAUAAUUUAAACUCAAUAUAUCUUGUGCAUAUAUUUAUUAGGUGAUUAACCAUGUAUUUCAAUGAUCACCUGACUGUUCAUUUCUCAUGAAUUGAACCUUAUUAUAAAGUAUUACAAUGUUUUAAUCAUAUAUAAUGUAACUGAUGCAAAACUAGACAGCUGAUCCAAUGUUUUACCAUUCAUUGAUGCAAAAGCUGUUCAGCAGCUAAAGUAACCUUGAUGCGAACAUCUGUGUCCUUUCUCGCUAUUCGAAUUUACUAGUUUACUUGUCUCUUUGUACAUUUACAUGAAAAACUCCUGCAUCACUUGAACCAUUUAUUUAUUUAUAGUUAGAAAAAGGUCUGGGGGAAAAAAUAAUGCUUUCUCUGAAAACAUUGCUAUUUAUACAAAUAUUUCCUAGAGACUGUUUGGUUUGCAAACUUUCUCCAAUGUCAUUUCAGAACUUUAGGGAAAUAUCAUCAAACCGCUGGAACAAAUCAAGUGAAAGAAAAAGCUUACUUAAUAUAAUUUUUGUCAGUGCCCUGACAGGACUGACUGCAUGGACUAGUUGCACUGAAACUGCUUUUUGUGAAUGGGUACAGUAGCACUGCUCUGAUUUGAACUGCUCUGAUCCUUCAUUUGUCAUCAGCUUUCUACUGUAAAUACAACAUUAAAACAAUAAUCUGAAAGGAGUGCUGUACUUUUAAUAACAUAAACAGCACAAUUUCUCCUUUUCACUGUUUUUAAACAUCAAUUGUACUGAUUGUAGCUCAUUUUCUCUGUAGAUAAAAUACAGCACAAAUGCAGUGUUUUAACCAGUGUGUCUGAUAUAUUUAUGUAUUAUUUAAAAGUGACUCUUGCAUGCAGAAAACUCCGACCUCUGUUUGGUUCAGUGAUUCAUAAAUAAAAACAUUUCACAGAGA